UCCCUCCUUCGACAUAGUCCUCCCGUCCGCGACGAUUUCGCUGCAACCGCCAUCCUGGCUGCCGUUCGAGAGCCUUCUGCGCCUGCUCCGGCAUUGGACAACAUUACAGAGCACGAGCACGAUCACGAUCUUCCCUCCUUUCGAGACGUCAUGGAGGAAGCCACGGCUCUGGCUACCCUUGCGUUGCCGCAAACGAACCUCGAGACAAUCUCGCGGCCCAGUUCCACGUCGACUUCGGAAUCCGCUUCCGCAGCCGCAGUUGUAGCCGCGGCCUCCACGGUUCCUCAGUUGCCAGGCAUUUCAGCGCUUGCCCAGGCCAACAACUCUGCGACGAGCUCGCCUCAGAUGCGGUACAGGGACAUGACGGACGAUCAGCUUGAUGGCCACGAUUCACUUGCGCUACUCCCGCGCUCGCCGUAUAACCUUGAAGCCAUUUCGGCGACAAAGAAGGCGAUGCAGCCAUUGCGCUCCAUCGACAAAUCUCCCUCUGCUGCUAUAUCAUUGGCUAGUCCACAGUCUGGUUUCAGUGGUGGAAGAAACAGUCGAGAUGGGAUGGAAGAAGAUGUGAACACAAAAGUGACGAGAGCUUCAUGUGCUGACUUUGAUCCACAGAGAAGCGAUUCCCGCGCCCGCUCCCGUUGCCGCCUCCACACCGACUCAGGCGCCCGCGCCCGCGCCAGCUCCCGUGCCGACGCCGACUUACGCUUCUGGCGGAGGAUCCACCACGCGAUAGUCGUCAACACCAAGACCAGAGUCCCAACUCUCAUCGCGCGCUUCACCCCGUCAAGCACCACGAACAAGCAAACGGUCAUAUUUUUUCGCAUUUCUUUUGGAGCACACACUUGGAACUCCUUGACGGAAUCUUUUGCGACCAUUUCGCUGGCGUUGCGCAUCAUGAUGGCCACCCAAGCUAACGAAUCUACGCAGCCAACAUGCCAAAACUGCCAGACCUCAACCACGCCCUUGUGGCGGCGCGAUGAGUAUGGAUCAGUCCUCUGCAAUGCAUGCGGACUGUUCCUCAAGUUGCAUGGUCGUCCGCGUCCGAUCUCGCUCAAGACCGACGUGAUCAAGAGCCGAAACCGCGUGAAGACGAUGCGCCCUGAUCUUGCAUCUAAGAAAAAGCAACAGCAGCAGCAACAACAAGCCCACCAGUUUGGCGCAAACGAUCCGAACGGCCUCGACAUCCAUGGGCAGAACCAGCGCAGACAGUCGCAAAAGUCAAACGGCAAUCCGGACGGCUCUGACUCUCCCGUUUCUCGUACCGCAACCCCUUCUCUAUACAACCCUAGCCUCCCGGUCUUCCAGGGCAUGGACGAUGCGCAACUUCAGGCUGGACUGCAGGGCUUCAACGUCUCUGGCUCGGAUAACCGCUCGGGCUCCCCCCUGAAUGGCGACCGACACCUCGAUGUCCCGCAAACACAUGAGCAGCUCAUUGCCGCCAAUUCUGCCCUCAAAACCCGGGUUAGCGAACUAGAGCUGAUCAACGAACUUUUCCGUGGUCGACUCAGCCAAAUGGAGCAAGACGAAGCGAGCGCAAGAAGAGGGCAGGAAAUCAGCGGCAAAGCAGAAGCUCAGCUGCGGGCUCAGCUUGAGAGCAGCAAGAAGCAAUUGGACGAGAGCCAUCGCAGAGAAAACAACCUCAAGCGACGUCUCGACGAGAUGGAGCUGGAGCUGAAGGAGGCCAGAGAUGCCCUGGACCUUUCUGACUCUGGCCGCGCAGCAAAAAAGCCUAGGAUUGCCGAAGUAGUUGCCAAUCCAGCCGUUGCUGCGGCCACGAGCGGAGGAGGCGGUGACGGUGGUGGUGGUGGAGAAUCCGAAGUCUCGACUCCUCAAUCCGCCGCCGCGAACUGA